AGUUCCUCCAAGUUCUUGAGUUCAAAAUAACCUCCUCUCCUUAACAAAUCCAACUUCUUCUUCCUCCUCUCGCUCCACCAGGAAACCAUGGGUGCUUGUGCUAGCAGACCCGAGGUCCUGGAAGGUGAUGCCCCCGCUGAGCGCCCUGUGGCCGAAGAAACCCCCGUUGUUGCCUCCGAGUUGACGACAGGGGAACCCACUGCCACCGUCGAGAACGCAAUAGAGUCGAGCGAGAGCAAAGAGGAGGAGAAGAGCGAAGAGAAGGUAGAGGAGGCACCUCUAGUCGACCUUUCUGAACCAAAGGAAGAGAAGCCCAAGGCCGAGGAAAAAGCAACACCAGAGCCAAAAGUUGAAGAGGAGAACAAUGUAGCUCCCGAGGAAACCAAGGAAGCGCCAAAGGGGGAAGUUGCCGCCAAAACCGAAGAAGUUGCUAAGGAGAACAAGGAGAACGUUGCCGAGCUCGUUGUGGAGAAGCCUGCAGAGGAGAAGGACGUUGAAGCUAAACCAACGACAGCAUAAAAUUAAUGCGGCAAAUGUAUCUUGAUUCUUCGUGAUUUCUGAUGUUGGAUUUUACUUUGUCUAACCUCGUUUAAUUAGCAAGUGCUGAAAUUGCAAAGUUAUUGAAGGUAUCAAUUGCAUGAUUGUUCAUUAA